AUGACCUCGAACCUCAUUUCCCGCUUCCUCCCCGCCAAUAGUACCACCUCGCCCUCCAUCUAUGAAACUAUACAACAGUACGACAAGAAUUCGGACUCUUCUGAUAUUGAGGAACGGGCGGGGAUGUCACUGGACGAAGAGAACCUUAGAGGUCCCUAUGAGGACUAUGAGUUAGAAGAAGCGUUGGCAACAGCCUCAGACACCCAGUCAACGACUCAAAGCACACUGUCCCUACAACAGCCCCCCCGCAAGGCUCCUCAAGGGUUUCCAGGGAAGUCCAAAACUCCACGUAAAGCUAAUCGCCAUAAAUGGACACUCUCAUCCCCGAGACCGAUGGAAGACGAUAGAGAUGAUGAUGACGUUCCUGCUUCGUUGCUAGUGGAAGGGGAUGACGAUGACGUUGGCACACAGGGCCUCGCUGCUCCCCCUCCCCAUCGUCCUCCGAACCGCAACAUCCAUGAUAAUGAUGAUCCUCUUCCAUUAUCGACGCAAGGCACUCGAAAUCGCUGGGAUAGCGCGAGAGCACAUCAGCCCAUACACCCUAUACCCCCUAGAAUAGUUCCCGCUCCUCCUCGAGCUGGCGGCCAGCGUCGGGGUCUGGCAUUCGUUGACCCAAAAGAAAAAGCUAUGUGGAGAUGGGCCAAUGUUGAGAAUUUGGAUAAUUUCCUAGCAGACGUGUAUGACUAUUUUCUAGGCAAUGGGAUAAAGUCCAUUUUCUUAAGCCGGGUUUUGAACCUUUUGACCCUGGCAUUCGUAGUAGGUUUUACAGUAUUCCUAACCAGUUGCAUCGAUUAUCGACGUGUACCCAACAGCAAAACCAUGACGGAAAUCGUUGUCCCCCAGUGCGUUCGGAAAAUGUCCGCCUCCUCAACCCUCCUCCUAUGGCUCUUUUCAAUUUUCUGGAUUUAUCAAGCCGUUCGAUACUUACUAGACCUGCGACGACUCUAUCAUUUGCACGAUUUCUAUCACUACCUUCUAGGUAUUUCGGAUACCGAUAUUCAAACGAUAUCAUGGCAGGAGAUUGUGAGUCGAUUGAUGGCACUUCGCGAUUCAAAUCCGUCAACCGCGGGAGCUGUGUCUGCGAGGAAUAGGAAAUUUUUGGGUAGCCAAUCAAAACAACGAAUGGACGCUCACGACAUCGCCAACCGCUUGAUGAGGAAGGACAAUUACCUUAUUGCACUUUUCAAUAAGGAUAUCUUGGACCUGACGCUUCCGAUUCCAUUUCUCAGAAACCGACAACUUUUCUCACGGACUCUGGAAUGGAACCUUCACUUUUGUAUUUUGGAUUAUGUGUUCAACGAUCAGGGUCAGGUCAGAACCUUAUUUCUUAAAGACACUCAUCGGAAGGCUUUGAGUGACGGAUUAAGACGACGAUUUCUCAUUAGUGGACUUUUGAAUAUAUUUAUUGCCCCUUUUUUCCUCAUCUACUUCAUGAUGCACUAUUUUUUCCGCUAUUUCAACGAAUAUCAAAAAAAUCCUUCCCAAAUUGGCUCGCGCCAAUAUACCCCAUUAGCGGAGUGGAAAUUUCGUGAAUUUAACGAGCUGCGACAUUUAUUCCAACGCCGAAUCAACAUGUCCUACCCAUUUGCGACUCGAUAUAUCGACCAGUUCCCGAAGGACAAAAUGGUCCAAAUAGCACGCUUUGUUGGAUUUAUUGCUGGUGCAUUGGCAUCAGUUCUUGCACUCGCCUCCGUUGUCGAUCCGGAGCUUUUCCUGGGCUUCGAAAUAUCCCACGAUCGAACUGUACUAUUCUAUCUCGGUGUGACGGGAACAGUGUGGGCAGUGGCGCGAGGACUUGUACCUGAAGAGACCCUAGUCUUCGAUCCCGAAUUUGCUUUACGAGAGGUGAUAGACUUCACUCAUUAUCAGCCAGCGCAUUGGCAGGGCAAACUGCAUAGCGACGAAGUAAAAGCAGAGUUCGCAAUGCUCUACCAGAUGAAAGUGCUCAUCUUCCUUGAAGAGCUUCUCAGCAUAAUCUUCAUACCGUUUGUGUUGUGGUUCAGUCUCCCAAAGUGCAGUGACCGGCUGAUAGACUUUUUCCGCGAAUUCACGGUACAUGUGGAUGGGCUUGGUUAUGUUUGUUCAUUUGCUGUGUUCGACUUUAAGAAAGGCACCAAUGUCAUUCCCCAAAAUCAGGAUACCCAACAAGGCGGUGCCCAAGAUGCUGGUCAACGGGAUCUUCGAAAUGAUUAUUUUUCAACCAAAGAUGGAAAGAUGUUGGCGUCAUACUAUGGCUUUUUAGACAACUACGCCAACAAUCCGCAACCAGGUGCUCCAUAUAUCCACGCUCCAAACAGACGCCGUUUCCACCCUCCUCCUUCAUUUCCUGCCCUAACAUCCCCUCCUAUGAUGCCCGAGGCAAAUUACAUGGGCACUGGUCGACAAUACCGAUGGGACGCACAACAACGAUCUGUUACCCGACCAAACAUUGUAGGAUCCCAUGCCGGCGGGCACUCUAUAACACCUCGAACUCCCAGGUUUGGUGUCCCGGCUGCAGCUGGUGCGCACAACUCACCACUCGCUUCAGUUCUUCUAGAUCCGCAUCACCAACCAUCAACGUCAGGCUUCCGUCCGCAAAACCGAAACGUCGCACAAUCCCAGUACCGUCCAUCACGCCAGGCUCAUCCCAUGAACGAUACAAUUCGAGAUGAAGAUGAACCAUCCGGUACCAGUCAGAUUCUCCCAGGUCUUCACAGACAUCCCUCCUCCAAUAUGACAACGGGAUCUAGCGGUGCUGACGAUAGUCGUAUGGAGGAGUCUUGGCGGAUGAAUAUCAUCGAUGGUGAGGGUGAAACUGAUGAAGAAACGGAAAAUGUCCAAGAUGUCGUCGGGGGUGCGGGCGUACUUGGGUUGAUCCAUCAGUUCCAAAAAGUCAGCAAUGAUGGACGCGGUGGCGGGGCUGUCGGUAUUUGA